UAGCUCCACUGAAGAGCAGCAUGCGCAACCUGCACUGGCUUAGCUGGAGCAUCCCAUGCAGAGAUCUUCAUUCCCAAUGGAGCGAGCAGCAACCAGGUGACAGAGACACUGGCACAGCCUGUGAACAACUGCGACUUCUUCAUGCAUGUGGAGAAAGCAGUUCUUCUUUGGAUGAGAACCUGCUAAGAAAUGGUUUACCAGCUCCCGGUAGUCACAUUUCUCAGGGCAGAAAAAACAGAUCUGCAGACCCCUGUGGCAUGAACGAAGCAUCCAGUAUUAAAAGACCAGGAGGAUGUCCCUAACUGAUGAACUGGAGAGCCACUUUACAGCAACUCCCUACAUGGUCAUGGACACAAGCAAUGGUGGCCGGUUCAGGGUCAGACCCAACAACUCCAUCAAUGCCACCUGGGAUGGCCCUCCAGCUGCAAGUUCCAUGGAGGAUAUGAUCGUCAUCUGCACCAUCGGGACGAUACUCUCCCUUAUGUGUGUGAUUGGGGUGACAGGAAAUGUCUAUACCUUGCUAGUGAUGUGCCAUUACUUGCGAUCGUCUGCCUCCAUGUAUAUUUACAUCAUCAACCUUGCACUGGCAGACCUGCUUUACCUUCUCACCAUCCCCUUCAUUGUCGGAACCUACUUCAUUCAGAAAUGGUACUUUGGGGACAUUGGCUGUCGCAUCCUCUUCAGUCUGGACUUCCUCACUAUGCAUGCCAGUAUUUUCACCCUCACAGUCAUGAGCACCGAGCGCUACUUUGCCGUGCUGAAGCCCCUGGACACUGUGAAGAGGUCCAAGAGCUACCGAAAAGCCAUUGCUAUUGCCAUUUGGCUGGUAUCACUGCUGCUUACGCUCCCAAUGCUCAUCAUGAUCCAGCUGGUACAAAGAGACAACAAAAGUAUCUGCCUGCCCACCUGGAGCAAGCUGUCCUACAAAGUUUAUCUCACCAUCCUUUUUGGUACCAGCAUUGUGGGCCCAGGGGUAAUCAUUGGCUACCUCUACAUCAGAUUAGCUAAGAUUUACUGGGUGUCACAAACAGCAUCCUUCAAGCAGACCAAGCGGCUGCCAAAUCAAAAGGUGCUCUAUUUAAUCUUCACUAUAGUGCUGGUUUUCUGGGCUUGCUUCUUGCCUUUCUGGAUAUGGCAACUCCUCUUCCAGUAUUAUGAAUCCCUCCCAUUGUCUCCUAAGGUGAUGAAGAACAUUAAUUAUCUGACAACUUGCUUAACCUACAGCAACAGCUGUAUCAACCCCUUCCUUUACACCCUACUCACCAAAAACUACCGGGAAUACUUGAAGAACAGGCAGCGGUCUCUUAGCAGCAGCAGCGGGUACUUCCAAAGGAGGAAUCGAUUUCAGAGGAUUUCAGGGAGAUCCCUCUCCACAAGCAGUCAGCACUGCACAGAGACGUAUGUUCUUGCUCAUGCUCCUUUGGGAAACAGCAGUGCCUGAAAGUAAAAUAUAUUCUCAAGAACAAUCAAUAUUGACUUCAAUGUUGCUUUGAUUUAAGGUGUAUACUGUAAAGGCAAAGCCUCAGCAGAUCCAUAAUAUGUACACAUUUAUUCCAGAAGCUGUGCCAUAUGUCUCUUCUCAUGAAAGCCUAUGAUUUUUAAUGGUAUCUGCUAUCUCACAGAGUUAAAAAUUGUUAUUUUGUGAAUGGUUGUACUUUGUUCUUUUUAAAGCAGUAACAUUUGAUUAGUAGUUGUAUGAGAACUGAAAACAAUGAAAUAAAGACAAAGCAUCUGAUGUUUGUGACAUGCAAUCCAGUUUGCAUUUGGGGUAGAACUAAACAGUUUGGAGGAAGAAUAUCA